CUGUAACAGCAAUACCUAUAACGCCUGCGUACUCUGAUCAGCUUGCUCCUCUCUUCUCCCCCAACCUCUCCACUCGUCUUCUCGUCAGGCGAGGUGGGUUGUUCAAGAAACAACCAGCAAUCAGUCCGUCCCACAGUAAUCGCGAUCGUCUGGGAGCCGCCGCACGAGCUGACAGAGCCGGCGAGCGCCAGCCAUCGCUCGCUGAGCCGAGCGUCGUCUUCGAGGCUUCGAGCUUGUGGCGCGCCGUCGCCGUCGCCGCGUAGUCGAGGCCCCGUGCCACCACCGGCCGUCGCCCUCCCCACCUGCCUCGUCCUCGAGCGCCGGCCACGGCCGUCGAGCCCUGCGCGCCCGGGGGUGCUCGUCGUCGCCGUCGAGCCUAAGCGUCGCCUCCUCCUCUUCCUCUUGGAGCCCCAAUCGCCGCCGCCUCCUCCUGGUCGUCAACCCCUCCGCACCUCCGUGGGCCUUCGCCUGGUGGAAGGCGUCAUCUUUUCCGCAUUCUUUCCAUCCGGGUUCUGGCCGCUGUUGCUGUCCGGCUGAAUAUCUCCUCCGUCAGAUUUUCUUCCGUUUUUAAAUUUUCCUUUUUCGAAAGAGAGAUUUCCUUCCAUUUUUGCUGCCCCAAAGAACACAACUUUCCUAAUUCUCAUCUCUCGGCCCCUUCCAAGAUACCAUCUUUUGGUCUCUAGAGGCCCGGGGGAGCCCAGCCAUGGAGUGGGACAAGGCCAAGGUGGCCUCCUCCGCCGCGGCCGGCGAGGCGGUGGACGACAGGGGCGGAGGGGAAGGGCUGGGGUACGUCAAGGUGAUGACGGACGAGCAGAUGGAGGUGCUCCGGAAGCAGAUCUCCAUCUACGCCACCAUCUGCGAGCAGCUCGUCGAGAUGCACCGCGCCCUCACUGCGCAGCAGGACUCCAUUGCAGGAAUGAGGCUUGGUAAUCUUUACUGUGAUCCUCUAAUGGUUCCGGGAGGUCACAAGAUCACAGCAAGGCAGCGAUGGACACCGACCCCGAUGCAGUUGCAGAUCCUUGAGAACAUCUUUGACCAAGGCAAUGGAACACCAAGUAAGCAAAAGAUAAAAGAGAUAACAGCAGAGCUCUCACAGCAUGGCCAGAUCUCGGAGACAAAUGUCUACAACUGGUUCCAGAACAGGCGGGCACGAUCGAAACGGAAGCAGGCUGCUUUACCAAAUAAUAAUGCAGAAUCUGAAGCUGAAGCAGAUGAAGAGUCCCUAACUGACAAGAAGCCCAGAUCAGAUAGACCACUCCACCAGAACAUAGCCAUGAGAGAUCACAAUACUGAAAGGAUCUCGGAGGUGCACCACUUUGACACUGAGCAUGACCAAAUUCGUCGUAUGAUGUAUGCAUCCAAUGACAGUAGCUCAAGAUCGUCAGGCAGCCUGGGCCAGAUGUCCUUCUACGACAAUGUUAUGUCAAAUCCAAGAAUUGAUCAUUUUCUAGGUAAAGUUGAAAGCCCCGGGAGCUUCCCCCACAUGCGAUCUGGUGAAAGCUUUGAUAUGUAUUGAUGACACGGCAAAUCUGGUUACUAGAUUGGUUGCAUUUGGUGCCACACUGUUGCGUCCUGUAAAAAGUUAAGCCGGUAACUUGCCGUUCAUUUUGCUUACUGAAAUUGAGAAGUUCGCCACGUUGGUUAUCAUGGUCUUGUUGACAUGUGUCCGGGGAAUAGUUCUAGCAGAAACCUGUUCUUUUGCUGAAUUAGCCGUAAGAAGCCGAUAAAUAGCACUAUGCAUACUUAGGUUAUUGUGUGGGUAUUGAGGCUGAGUUUGUAAUGAUCUUCUUUCACUCUGUCCUAAAGGCUGAAUCAAUCAGACAAAUGAGUCGGUUUUUAGUUGCUCUUGAGUCUUGACCAUGGUAAAGUUUCUGGUCUGAUAGAGUCGCAUGGUCGCGUUGUUGUCUACUUGUCUGCCAGGUAGUGGGAGGCAAUCGGUUGUGAAGAUCACUGAGCUAGCUGGAGAUUAGACAGUGCCUGCCUAGAUACUGUGGUCAUGUUGGCAUGGUUUGCCAGAUUUUGACUAAGCCAAAAAUGUUUGCAUUUUGGCAAUGUACAAUUCUUCAUGUCUUGAAAUGAGCAAUUCUCCCUAUGGUGUCCCCGUAGGAUUUGCCUUACAUCUUGAAACAAUUAUUACCUAGUUAUGGGAAUUCUCAGUGCAUGUUAUCGUUGUCAUGGGCCAAUGGAAUAAUGAAACCGGUACUGUAUUCAUUAGCCUUUGAACUAUCCCAUUUAUUUAUGUUCAAUAGCCUUCUGAGAUGUAAUG